UGGGCAAGGGCAGUGACAGUUAACCACCAAGAACAUGACUCCCAGACUCUCUAUGGUUUCGAUCUGUUUCAUAAACAAAUUUGCUUCGACAAUGCAAGUAAAAUAUUUUAUACGUUUUUUUACCUCCAGUUCCACCCAGCAGCGUUAAUAUAACCCCACCGAGUCCUAACGUGACCGAGCGUGACCAAGUGAACCUGACGUGUUCAGCUGGUGGUACUCCUCCACCAACCUUCACAUGGAUCAACCCUCAGGGGCACACCGUAGCACACGGACCGUCCUACACCAUUCCCAUGGUGCAUCGCGACAUGUCAGGGGUCUACACAUGUGUGGUUACUGAUGGAUGUGGACGAAAUCACACCAGAAAUGCGACACUCGUAGUGAGAUAUAAGCCAGAAAACACUACAAUGGUAGCAAAUGCAUCUUCCGUAUGUAUUGGUGGCAUGGCCUUGUUAAAUUGCUCAGCGGCGGGUAAACCAAACAACAUAUCGUACACUCUGUAUCGCAAUAGUACGGAGUUUGCCUCACAAAUGCACGGACUGUUCGUCCUUCCUCUUACCACUCCUGGCGUGACCAUCUUCACGUGUGUUCCCAGUAACGAGGCGGGAGGUGGGCACAACAAGAGCGUCACCGUCACUGUCAAAGCACCUCCGCGCAUCACGAGUCUGACCCCGUCACAAACUGUUGUAGAGGGAAAUAGUUUUACCAUGCAGUGCGACGCGUCUGGUACAGCGCCUUUGAACAUAGCGGUUUCCCAUCCGAACGGCUCGGUGCUGACCAACUCCGGGAGCUACACGUUCAGUCCUAUCACGAGAAGAGAUGAGGGGACCUACACGUGCACCGUGAACAACGGCAACGAGUGUUCAAAUGGCACAAACACAGCGAGUAUAACUAUCAACUAUAAACCAGAGAAAACGUCACUUGACGCAAACUCGUCUUCUGGAUGCGUUGGAGAUAUUAUUUUGUUAAACUGCUCAGCGGCGGGUAAACCAGAAAACAUAUCGUACACUCUGUAUCGCAAUGGUACGGAGUUUGCCUCACAGAUGCACGGACUGUUUGUCCUUCCUCGUAACCUUUCUGGCGUGAGUAUCUUCACGUGUGUUCCCAGUAACGAGGCGGGGGAUGGACACAACAAGAGCGUCACCGUCACAGUCAAAGAACCGCCAAAAAUAACAGGCUUCACCCCACCACAAACUGUUGUAGAAGGGAGCAAUUUUACAAUUUGGUGCAACGUGUCUGGUACAGCGCCCUUGAAAAUAGCGGUUUCCCAUCCAAACGGCUCGGUGCUGACCAACUCCGGUAGCUACACGUUCAGUCAUAUCACGAGAAGAGAUGAGGGGACCUACACAUGCACCGUGAACAACGGCAACGAGUGUUCAAAUGACACAAACACAACGAAUAUCACUGUUAACUAUAAACCAGAAAACACCAAAUUAAUACCAAAUGAGCAUAUCGGCUGUGUCAUGGAUGUUGUCUCGUUAAAUUGCUCAGCGUUGGCUAACCCAGACAACAUCAACUACACUCUGUAUCGCAAUGAUACGGCGCUUGCCUCAAAUAUGAACGGAAAAUUUAUCAUUAGUCUUAACGCUUCUGGCUUGAGUAUCUUCAAGUGUGUUCCCAGUAACGAGGUGGGAGAUGGAGAAAAUAAGACCGGCUUCUUCACUGUCAAAGAACCACCACGAAUAACAAGGUUUACCUCGACACAAACUGAAGUCGAAGGGUCCGAUGUAACAAUUCGAUGCAACGCAUCUGGUACAGAGCCCUUGGGAGUAGCGAUUUUCCACCCAAACAGCUCGGUGCUGACCAACACUGGGAGCUACACCUUCAGUCCUAUCACGAGAAGAGAUGGGGGAACCUACACAUGCACCGUGAACAACGGCAACGAGUGUCCGGUUGAUACAAAAGCGAUGAACAUCACCGUCAACUAUAAACCAGAGAAAACAAGCCUAACACGUCUGGAAAGCUCUUACUGUCUGGGGACCAGCGUUUAUUUUAACUGCACAGCGACGGGUAAACCAGAUGACAUCCACUACUCGCUUUUCGUUAACAAGACCCUUUUGAUAGAGAAGUCUAGAGGGGUAUUCAACUUGACGUUAAACACUUUAGGAAAGCAUGAAUACACUUGUGUGCCGAAUAACACAGCAGGAAUUGGUCAGAAUAGCACAAUUAGCAUUGAUGUGCAAGAAAAUAUAAAGUUCGUCAACAUUUCAGCUCCAAUGGUAAAAAGAGGAGUUCCCUUUACCUUGGAGUGUACAACUAAUGUGGUUAGACCUGUCAGCAUCACUUGGUACAAGAACAGCGAAUGGUUUAGCAGCAAUAGAAGUCUUAUAUUUAGCGGGUCGUUGAAUGAUACCGGUUCUUACAGCUGCCUCGCGGAAAGUGCCUGCAACAACACCAAGCAAAGCGAAAGAGUCAAUAUUACUGUAACAUAUGCAAGUCUUAACAAACCUAAUGCCAUCUGCCUUGCCAACGAUGCACUGACAAAUGUUACUGUGGAGAUGAAGACAAACAUUCUCCAACCACCGGUUGUCACGUGCACAACAGGACGGGCAUCGUUGAUAUCGUUCAGUGCUGAUAACAAGAACCCUUCCUACGCCGUACCGCUUAAACGAGGCCAAACCAUCUCCUGCUCAGUUGAAGGUUAUCCACUGGCCAACAUUACUUUCUAUUUGGAUAUCAGGAGAACAAAUCUGAUAAUGUCUUGGAGGAUAAGAAACAAAAAUGCAAUACAAAAGUAUGGAAAAUGGGAUGUGACUGACAACGACCGCCAACAAAUUGAAAACUUGUGUGAUGCAGCACAAGGCCCCUGUUUCAAUAGAAGCAGUUUAUCGUUCAGGAAUGGAAGUGUCAUCGUAGAUGCUUCGUUCACUCUCACUGGCGAUGUCUCUGACCCCGAGGAAUACUUUAAGAGCGAGUUACUCAAGAAUGCCCCAAACUAUGGCUUGGACAUCGAUCCCAAUAGCGUGCAACCCCUAGCAGCAAUACCCUCAAACAACGUCCCCCUUCCUCUGACCACCCAAGCCGCGCCCACCACCGCUGCUACGCCCACUACCGCUGCUACGACCAAGCCUGGAAAGUGUCUGACGGCUGUCGAGGUAAAUGAUCAGAAUUCAACCAUUGUUGGUCUCGCUGUGCUGGUCGCCAUCUUGUUCUUGGUCAUCAUUUGUCUGAUUGUCUACAUCGCAGUGCUGAAGAGGGCAGGUCUAACAGCAAAGAGAGAAAGAUCUGAACCUGAUAACCCAGGCUACUCUGGAUUCCAGAAUGUGGCGAUGCAAGAAAACGUCAACCAAGACCAACAUGUAAUACCAGGGGUGGGAGAUUACGAGGUCGCCCCAUCGGACAAUAGGGGACCCACCCCUGACCCCAUUCCACAAUACGAACCAGUGAACAAUACACAAACACAACCACCCAACCGUAGAAACGUAACGCAAUACGAAGAUGUAACGCAAGGGAGCAAUGUCACGCAAUACGAGGAUGUAACGCAAGAGGGCAAUGUCACGCAGUAUGAAGCUAUGAAUAGACAUGCAUCACGUGAUCAGCAUGUGCCAGCCAAUCGCCAGUACGAUAGCGUUGAUAGCACUAGAAUGAGUAGACAGAAUCCACCCGCGAGGAGAGCAAGGAACGACACAGGUGAUCAAGGCGAGCCAGGUUAUGCGAACACAAGAAUACGAGGUUUACCACCUGAAGUGUACCAAUCUUUACAGGCGACGACACAAUACAGCGAGAAUGCGCAGUAUGCCCCAUUGCAUCCUGGGACACGCAUUGCGGCCAGGCCUGGUGGUAGGGACGAGAGGGGAGUAGGCACAGACAUAAGAGGGAGUGAGUACCAGGAGUUGCACAGGACUAAAGCCACAGAUCCAUGUUAUCAACGGGUAGGCAGUAGAGUUACUAGCGCAUAAGAUGCUCAUAUCGUGGAUCCGUGUGAUCAAAGGGUAGGCAGUAUAGUUACUAGCGGGUAAGAUGCUCAUAUGGCGGAUCCGUUUGAUCAAAGGGUAGGCAGUAGAGUUACUAGCGCGUAACAUGCUCAUAUCGCGGAUCCGUGUGAUCAAAGGGUAGGCAGUAGAGUUAAUUGCGCGUGAAAUGCUCAUAUGGCGGAUCCAUGUGAUCAACGGGUAGGCAGUAGAGUUUCUAGCGCAUAAGAUUCUCACAUCGAGGAUACAUGUCAUCAAAGGGUAGGCAGUAGAGUUAUUAGCGCGUAAAAUGCUUAUAUCGCGGAUCCAUGUGAUCAAAGGGUAGGCAGUAGAGUUAUUAGCGCGUAAGAUGCUCAUAUAGCCCAUCCAUGUUAUCAGCGGGUAGGCAGUAGAGUCACUAGCGGGUAAGAUGCUCACAUCGCGGAUCCGUGUGAUCAAAGGGUAGGCAAUAGAGUCACUAGCGCGUGAAAUGCUCAUAUCGAGGAUCUAUGUGAUCAACGGGUAGGCAGUAGAGUCACUAGUGCGUAAGAUGCUCAUAUCGCGGAUCUGUGUGAUCAAAGGGUGGGCUCUAGAAAUACCACUAGCGCGUAACAUAGUCCCGCAGAUCCUUGUAAUCACGUACAAAGAUAAUACCAGCGCGUUAGCUAAAAAUAUAACGUACAAUUGAGGUAAAUAUUAUCAAGGAUUUAUAGUCACUAGUCACUUAGAAAUCAUCAUCACGCAAAUUUUGUACAUACCUCAAGUGACAUACAAAGUCACUAACACGUGAGGUGUUUUUAUAUCACCAUUGGUCGAGAUAACCGUGUUGCCCUAUGUUACUAAUCACAAGAACUUAUUGUUGUAAUCAAUUCUAAACCCUUUGGUGACCAGGGUACCAAUAAAGAUUGGGCGAAAGGCAAA